CGCAUCCAGAAGCUGGAGAGCGAGAUCCAGCGCAUCUCGGAGGAUUACGAAAACCUCGUCAAGGCGUCCGCCAAGCGGGAAGCCUUGGAGAAAGCCAUGAGGAACAAGAGAGAUGGCGAAAUGCGGCGCCUCCAGGACUUCAACAGGGACCUGAAAGAACGGUUGGAAUCGGCAAACAAGCAGCUGGCCAUCAAGAGCCAGGAAAGCCAGGAGAGCAACCAGGGCAGUGUGGCCAAACUCCUGGCGCAGAGUAAGUCCCCGGGGGAUGCCCAUCCUCGCCCUAGGCAGACCAGUGCUGCGGGUGGGGGGAUGCCGGAGCUGAGUGCCCACAUGCUCUUGGAACAGCUGCGGGAGAAGGAGGAGAAGAUCCUGGCCCUGGAGGCUGACAUGACCAAGUGGGAGCAGAAGUACCUGGAGGAGUGCACCAUGCGGCAGUUCGCCAUGGACGCAGCGGCCACCGCGGCCGCUCAGCGCGACACCACCCUCAUCAGCCAUUCCCCGCAGCACUCCCCCAACAGCAGCUUCAACGAGGUCCUGCCCAGCCACAAGCACCAGGAGAUGGAGAACAGGUUGAAAGCCCUUCAUGCCCAAAUCCUGGAGAAGGAUGCUGUCAUCAAGGUCCUGCAGCAGCGCUCACGGAGGGACCCCAGCAAAGCCCUGCAGGGUUCCCUGCGGCCGGCCAAGUCUGUCCCCUCUGUCUUCACUGCCUCGGCCGCCCCGAGCUGGCCAGGGGCUGGCCAGAGUGACCGCCUGGCCGAGGGCAGCGCACGGGGCAGCACAGCAGGCAAAGCCAGCGCUGAAGGAGCAGCAGUGCCCACCACCCUUCCCUUGCCCUCCCAUGCCAAGCACGGCAGCAAGGACAGCAGCACGCAGACGGAUGGGGCAGCUGAGAGCAGUGGCCAGGGCGAGGACACCGAGCGGG